AGACUGUGGUCAUAUGUCAGUAAAUUUCUCAACAGAAGUCCUGAAGAAAGCUUUGACAUCGAAGAAGUGAAAAAACCUGCACUUACGAAAGUUCACCUGCAACAGCCAACUUCCAGUCCUCAGGGCAGCAGCAGCUUUGAAUCCAGAGGAAGCGAUGCUGGACCCACACCUCAGGUUCUGCCUCUGAAAAGUAGUCUUACCCUGAGCUCUCAAGAUGAUAUCAACCAAGACGAUGAUGGCCAAGAUAGCUCACCAAAAUGGCCAGAUUCUGGCUCAAGUUCAGAAGAAGAAUGCACUACUAGUUAUUUAACCUUAUGCAAUGAAUAUGGGCAAGAAAAGAUUGAACCAGGGUCACUGAAUGAGGAGCCUUUCAUGAAGACUGAAGGAAAAGGUGUUGAUACCAAAGCUGUUGAAGGCUUCCCCACGCACCUUGUUGCUGACAGCGACAGCCCCAGCACCCAGCUGGUGGCACACGAGCUUAAAUUCUUCCCUGGAAAUGAUGAUCAGGAAACAGUUAGUUCUCCAAGGACAUCAGAUUCCCUCAGUAGAUCUAAAACCAGCUCCAUGGAAUUCUUUAGGAUAGACAGUAAGGAUAGCACUAGUGAACUCCUAGGACUUGAUUUUGGAGAAAAAAUGUAUAGUCUAAAGUCAGAGCCUUUGAAACCAUUUUUUACUCUUUCAGACGGAGACAGGAGUUUUAAUAUUAGUGAAAGCAAGGUUAUAGCUCAGGACACCAUUAGCAGGGGCUCUGAUGACUCUGUUCCAGUUAUUUCUUUUAAAGAUGCUGCUUUUGAUGAUAUCAGUGGUACUGAUGAAGGAAGGCCUGAUCUUCUUGUAAACCUACCUGGUGAAUUGGAACCAACAAAAGAUGGUGCAGCAAUGGGACCUACUAAGUUUACACAGACUAAUGUAGGCAUAAUAGAAAGUAAACUAUUGGAAGCCCCCGAUGUCUUAUGCCUCAGGCUUAGUGCUGAACAGUGCCAAGCACAGGAAGGAGAAGGUGCAGAAGAAUUGAGUGACUCCUCUAGGCUUCCAUCUGAUGGUAUAACAGAGAAACACUAUGUAGAGGGGGGUCCUGGGAUGUUAUUUGGAGCUGCUGUUGAUCAUAGUAGCUCAGACAUUUCCUUGAUGCAUAGCCCACAACCUAACUGUCAAGGACGUGGAGUGGUCGAGUCGGCAGUGACUGCAAACAACACAGAGGAAAGCGUAUUCCCUGCUUCUGACCCACUCUCAGGUGCUAACGAAUACAAUGCAGACACGGACACUUUAAAAAGUGAGGAAGUAUUGCUGUUUACAGACCAAGCUGAUGAUUUGGCUGAAGAAGAACAGACUUUAUUUCAGAGAGACUCUGCGACUAAGGAAGCCAGUGGGCGAGCACUAGAAGGAGACAAGGAGAUACAUCAGAUUUUUGAGGACCUUGAUAAAAAAUUAGCACUACACUCCAGGUUUUACAUCCCAGAGGGCUGCAUUCAGAGAUGGGCAGCUGAAAUGGUGGUAGCCCUUGAUGCUUUACACAGAGAGGGAAUUGUGUGCCGCGAUUUGAACCCAAACAACAUCUUAUUGAAUGAU